AUGGCCGAAAACCCACGACUCGCCCGCGUCCGACAAGGCACCACGGCGCGCUCACGACGACCCCAGAGAGACGCCAGCACCUCGCGCUCCGACUCUUCCGCCUCGACCUCGCCCGAGCGCGGCUACGACGAUGAAGACAAGGACUCUAUCAUGCUGCAGUCCAACGACUCGCUCUCGUCGCUCGCGCCGUCAGUAUCGCCCGACUCGGACGAGGAGGCUCGCCGGCGGGCCAUCGAAGAGCAGAACCGCAUCUCGCCCGUCUCCCGCCUACCCGCCGAGCUCAUGAUCGCCGUCUUCGCAAAGCUCUCCUCGCCCGCCGACCUCAAGAACUGCAUGCUCGUGUCUAAGACAUGGGCUGGAAACAGCGUCGGCCUGCUCUGGCACCGCCCCUCAACGAACAAAUGGUCAAACGUCAAGAGCGUCAUAAAGACGGUCCAGACGGUCAACAGCUUCUUCGACUACAGCAGUCUGAUCAAGCGUCUAAAUCUGUCCGCUCUGGGCGGUGAAGUCAGCGACGGGACGCUGAAACCGCUUUCAAGUUGCAAGCGUGUUGAGCGCUUAACGCUGACCAACUGCUCACGACUGUCCGACUUUAGUCUGGAGGCCAUGCUCGAGGAAAACCGCUACAUUCUCGCCCUGGAUGUCACCAACGUCGAGUCCAUCACCGACAAGUCAAUGCUCGCUCUGGCCAAACACGCAGUCCGCCUGCAGGGCCUCAACAUCACAAACUGCAAGAAGAUCACGGACGAUUCGCUCGAGGAAGUUGCCAAGAACUGCAGACAUCUGAAGCGCCUCAAGCUGAAUGGCUGCUCGCAACUCAGCGACCGGAGCAUCAUCGCCUUUGCCAGGAACUGCCGCUACAUCCUCGAAAUAGAUCUUCACGACUGCAAGAACCUCGACGAUGCCUCCAUCACUACGCUCAUCACAGAAGGCCCCAACCUCCGCGAGCUACGAUUAGCCCACUGCGUCAAGAUCACCGACCAGGCCUUCCUCCGUCUCCCAGCCGAGGCUACCUACGACUGCCUGCGUAUCCUAGAUCUUACUGGUUGCGAAGAGCUACAAGAUUCUGGCGUCCAGAAGAUAGUCCACGCAGCUCCGCGACUGCGCAACCUGGUCCUCGCCAAAUGCCGCAACAUUACCGACAGAGCCGUCAUGGCCAUCACUCGUCUGGGCAAGAACCUCCACUACAUACAUCUGGGACAUUGCGCCAACAUCACAGAUGUCGGUGUCGCGCAGCUGGUCAAGCUAUGCAACCGCAUCCGGUACAUUGAUCUCGCAUGUUGCAUUGCUCUCACCGACGCCUCGGUCAUGCAACUCGCUGCUCUACCCAAGCUGAAGCGCAUUGGCCUGGUCAAGUGUGCCGCCAUAACGGACCGCAGCAUACUCGCACUCGCCAAACCAAAGCAGAUUGGCUCCAGCGGGCCCAUCGCACCCAGCGUGCUCGAGAGAGUGCACCUCAGCUACUGCACCAACCUCUCCCUAGCCGGCAUCCAUGCGCUCCUCAACAACUGCCCCCGCCUGACCCACCUCUCUCUCACUGGCGUCCAAGCGUUCCUUCGCGACGAUCUUCUCGCCUUUUGCCGCGAGGCACCCCCCGAAUUCAACGAUCACCAGCGUGAAGUGUUCUGCGUCUUCAGCGGCGUUGGCGUACAACGUCUGCGCGUCUUCAUGAACACCAACGGUGGAGACGACGUUGACAACGAGGACAACGCUUUCGACCUCAACGACGGCACCAUGUACCACGAGGAAGAGGAUGGUGACAACAUGGUUGUCGUCACCGCACAAGCGAACAUAAUGGCCAUUGACGAAGAAGACGACUUCGGCAACGACGACAGUGAGAUGGCAGGGCAAGAUUAG